CAGAGUCCAGUUGAGCGUGGGGGCGUGGCGUAUCAUGGGAAGCGGAGUUGUUUACAAAGCACUUGGAAGAAAGAAAGAGACGAGAACUACAGCCAAGCUUUUCUUCACACACACACACAGCAGACAUCGGCUAGUGAUGUCUGGAGCUGGAGGGAAGAUGUCGAACUGUCCCUCCUCUGCCUCGCUGGUCUUCAGCUCGACCCCUCUGAAGAGCAGCGGCCGGGGGAAAGAUGUCCACGCACCCGGGGGCCUGGAGGACGGAGUCCUGUCCGACGACGAGGACACGUUCUCCCUGCUCUCCCCCAUCUACCAUGACAGUUUUGAGAGUGAGGAGGAGGAUCUGGAGCUCAGUCCGGGUGAGGAGGACUCACCCCGGCAGAGCCUCCAGUCCGGACUCAGCGUCUCUCCAGUCAGUUAUAGGUGUGAGCUUCCAAAAAGACCCGUUGAGCAGAUGUUCAGUUCGGCGGUGCAGCCUUCGGCCUCACCUACCCUGAGUGCAUGGGAGAUGUGGCUGGUGAACAAAGCCAAAGAGGAUCGACUCAAACUGGAAAAGAAAGCAGAGGAGGAGGGCUUACUCAAAGAAAAACAACAACAAGAAGAAAGGGAGCGUGAACAGAAAAAGAUGGUCAUUGAAGAGAAGAUCCAAGAAUGGCUUAAGAUCAAAAGUGAACAGGAGAAACAUGAGCAGCUUGUGAAACAGGGGAAGGAGGAGGAGGAGCUGCAGAGGCGGUUGGAAAAACAGAGGGAGAUUGAACAGAAAGCUCAGCUGAAGUACAGAGACUGGCUGCAGAAGAAGAACCGAGAAAAAGUAGAGAAAGAAAAGAAGGAGAAAGAGGAAGCUGCCUUGAAAGAGGAGCAGGAAAAAGAGCGCCGCAAGAGGGCAGAGGAGAAGUUUAAGGAAUGGGUGACGACGACCAAUGAAAAAAGCAGAACAGUUCCCAAAUCACCUUGCUGCCCAACAAGUCCCUAUGACAAAUCCUACCCAUCACCCAGCUACGUCAAUCCCAUCCCAUGGAAGCCGAUUCCCACACCACCUCCAGAGACAUCGCUGAAUGAGACCUCUGGGAAUAAACCUCAGAAACAAAGAAAAAAACAGCAAAGCUCCAGGACGACUUGUAGACUUAGAAAUGUGGUGAGUGCUGCACAGAUGCUGCCGGGGAGAUGACACAGCAGAGUCUGUGACUGUGACACUGCAGCUUUGUUUAGGUUCAACCACAGCUCCUGAUCUGACACCAUGGUGAGUCACAGCAGGAUUUCUGUUCUCUAAUAUGGUAAUCGAGACAUGGUCCCUCAUGUCCUGUUGAAGUUUUCAUUAUUGUCUUUGAUUUAUACACCGGAGCAAUUUGUUGAACCAAUUUAAUGUAAACUUUAAGUAAUUAUAUUAAUAAAUAUUCAGGUUUUAGUAUGUUUACAUGAUUUAAACAUGAUCUAACCUAAAAGAUGUAAAUAAGUUGUUCUGAUACUUUAAUCAGCUUUCAUAUUCUAAGAUGGCUACACCCACAUCACCCUGUUUUUUUCUUUCUUAUUCUCGCACUGUGUAAAUUAACUCAGCUUGUUAUUGCAAUAAAUAGUCUAUAAACAUCUC